AGCUAGAGCUUUAUAUUCAAGAUCUCUUGCCUCCACGUAAACAAAUCAUGGCCGCCAGUCUGAGGGAGAAGCAGAUAGCAUCGCUGCGGCGCAUCAUCAACCUGAACAUUGGUGUAGGAAAUACCACUGUUGGGAGUGAGACCACAUUCUCUGUACUAAUCUAUGAUAAACAUGGACAAGAUAUCAUCUCUCCGCUACUCUCAGUUAAAGAAUUACGAGAAGUGGGCAUCACACUGCACAUGUUGCUUCAUAGUGAAAGAGGGGAAGUACCUGACGUACCAGCCAUAUAUUUUUGUCAACCAACGGAGGAAAACUUGAUACGAAUCGGGCAGGACUUUAACGAUGGCCUCUACUCUUCUUAUUACCUCAACUUCAUCUCUCCGAUCAGUCGUCAAAAGAUGGAGGAUUUAGCUCUGUCGGCUUUACAAGCAGGAUGUCAGGCUAAUAUUAAAAAGGUAUAUGACCAGUAUGUUAAUUUCAUCAGUUUGGAGGACGACAUGUUUACAUUAAAACAUCAGGGAUCGGAGUCUCUCUCCUACUAUGCCAUUAACCGAAGCGACAUUAAAGACUCGGACAUUGACCUCAUCAUGGACUCUAUCGUCGAUAGUCUGUUUUCUGUAUUUGUCAACCUUGGUCAAGUUCCCAUCAUCCGGUGCCCGAGGGGCAAUGCAGCCGAGAGUGUGGGAGAACGCUUGGACAAGAAGCUUCGAGAGAAUUUACGUGACACCCGAAAUUCUUUUUUUUCUGGCCUCAGCACAGAUUCAUUUGCUGCUGGUCAACUAAGCUUUCAAAGACCUCUGUUGGUUAUUGUGGACCGUAAUGUUGACUUGGCCACACCACUGCAUCACACCUGGACCUAUCAAGCUCUUGCCCACGACGUGCUGAACCUUAGCCUCAACCGGGUAACAGUCACAGAACAAGAUGCUGCUCACCCAACCAAUAGGACCAAGACAAAAGAAUAUGAUAUCAGUAACUCAGAUGGCUUCUGGAAGGAUCAUAAAGGCAGUGCUUUCCCAGAUGUAGCAGCAGCUGUAGAAACAGAGCUGGAAGACUACAAGAAGGCUGAGACUCAUAUUAAAGGCUUGAAAACUGACCCAGAUGAAGAUGCUAUUGACCUUCUGAGUGACAACACAGCUAAACUAACCUCGGCCAUAACCUCUUUGCCGGAACUGAUCAAGAAGAAAGCCGACAUUGAUAAACACAUGAGCAUUGCCAUGGCCUUGCUAAACAGUAUCAAAUCAAGAAAACUGGACGUCUUCUUCGAGAUGGAGGAGAAGAUAAUGGGCCGCAACACCCUUGAGAGACCUUUACUGGAGGUUAUCAAGGAUCCAGAGUGUGGUAAUGCAAUGGACAAACUGCGCAUCUUCAUGAUAAUGUUCCUGUGCUCAAACAACAUGACAGAUGCCGAGUUUAAUGAGUAUGCUACAGCACUCACAGAAUCUGACGCUGAUACUAAGGCUCUACUUUAUCUGAAGAGAUGGAAGUCCUUAAUGAAGAUGACUGCAGGUGCUGGCAUGUCAGAGUACACAGGUGGAGUGGCCAAAACAGUGUCCAUGUUUUCCAAGCUGAUGAACCAGGGAUCUGCUUUGGUUGUUGAAGGUGUCAACUUUGUACUAAAGGAAAAUAAACUUCCUAUCACAAGAAUUGUGGAUCAUUUGAUGGAACUGAAAAACUGUGAAGAAGAGAAAGAGUAUCGCUAUUUUGAUCCCAAACUGUUGCGCCCGGGUGAUGGAGCAGCAACCCCUCGCACACGAACCCCAUUUCAGGAUGCUGUGGUGUUUGUUGUUGGUGGUGGUAACUACAUGGAGUAUAAUAAUCUUGUCAGUUAUGCCAAGAAAAAAGCUGGAACUAACAACAAAAGAAUCAUUUAUGGCUGCACUGAUGUUAUUAAUGCUGAACAGUUUGUCAUACAGAGGCUGCUGGGCUUGUGAGUGCCGACUCCAGCAUCACUAGUAUAAACAGAAGCAGGGAUGCAGCUUGGCGGGCCUUUUGUUUUCACGCAUCUGAACAGGAACAGGAGAAAAACUUUCUCAGGUUUCUUACAGCAUUUUUGCAUCUAUUCAACACGAGCAAAAGAACAAGUGAUGGUAGUGCUGGUUCAAAAGCUAAAAGAAAGUGUAUGUUUAGCUGAGAAACUAGAUGUUUUAAAAUGAUAUGAAAAGGGUGAGAGGUCUGUGCAUAUUAUAUGGAGCAAGUAAUGAAUAUAUUUUCUGAAGUGGAUCCAUUAACAGAACGAACCAUUAAAAUUAAGAGGGACGUGAAAAAUGCAUAUGGCCCUUACAUAAAGAUGUAUAGUGAAAAAAGAAAGCAGCUGUGGAAGGUUUUUUUGACAGCUUUUUAAUUCAAAAGCCUAUACCAUCAAUUUCAUCUACACCAUCAAAUUCAGCAUCAUAAGCAGCUUCAACAAAAACUUCAGGUUCAGUAACAGUUUCAACAACAGCUAUGACAUCUUUAUGGAAAGCUACAUCUUCAGCCAGAGUUGAACAUGCUUCCUUUGUCAUCUGAGCAAAAACUCACCCAACAUUCAUUGGCUGUCCUUAUUUCUUAGAUUUUAUCACCAUUGGUGAGUAGAGUUUUUGUUUUACAUUCAUAAGUAAUAAGUGUUGCUUUCAUAUUCUUACGUAGAGAAAUGACGAUAUGUUUCACAUGUACGCACUUACAUAUGAAGGCGUUCCCAAUCCGUCUCGCUUUUUUCCUUACCAUUAAUGGUUAGCUACUUAUAUUGUUCCAUUUAUAAUCAUUAAAUAACAUUACUUAAAACAUACAUCUUCAAUCUUUACAUUAUUUUUACUGCAGCUACAACCAGGGUCUUAUUUUCUUCAGUUUCUUAUGUAGACCCAUCGUCACAGGUGUAAACGCUAACGAAAACAAUGCCGUCUCGUCUCCUCUUGUGUGUUUUAGUAUUCUAUGUAUUAUUAAUGAAUUGUAUUGUUAUGCCGAGACAUAAUUUUUUAUUAUAAUCUUGUAAAUUAGGUGUUUUGAUAUUGUUUUGUCCCAUUCAGCAGUUAUUUUGGGUAAAUUUAAUGAAAUUUUCAUGUAUAUAUUGAUGUAUUUAUUAUGUAAGAAUAUUCUAGAAUGUAUUGCAUCAUUUUUUUUUUAAUUUACCUCUUAUUGUAAGCCUAGAAUUCUAGAUAAUUCUAGAAUUCUCCAGGCGGGUCUCUAGCCGACCUCCUUCGUCUGAUAAUCGCUAGAAUGUUCUAGGUGUCUAACGAACCGUAUAUAAGAUGGCACGGGCUGCCUAGGGGCAGUUAGUUGCUCGCCUCACUUAGUGUAAAGACUAAGCCUAGCAGAACAACUGAAGACAAUUGUUGUGCAAGUAUUGUGAAACUGUUGUGAUUAAUAUAAAGUGAGAAGACUAAGGAAUUGUAAACUGGUAGUGUGCUGUUUAUAUAUUUGAAGUGUGGAGUUAAUCUGUGAAGACAUUACCCUGUUAACAGGGUAAUGUCUUUUUAUUAAAGAAGACUACAGUGCA